GUGUUAGUCCGUAUUAAAAAAAAAGUUCAUUUAGUUUAUUUCUUGAAAUGUGAAAAUUAAGUACCGGGUUAAAAAUAUUCCAUAUCGCUCUGAAAAGAAAGUAACUACUCAGUUUCGUAAAUGAACGUUUGUCUUUUAAAGCAGGCAAUUGAUAGCAUCCUCCAUCUCCAAUUCUGGCAUAUUGCAAGUGAAACAGCAAGAAGUUCUGAGUGAGGACCUGUAGUUUAUAACACAGAAACCAGCUACUAAGAUGGCCGACAAUUAUUGUAUAAUCUCCGCUACCAAGAUGGCGUCCACUUGCUUCCCACACAUUAAUGAUUUCCUUUGACGCCAGUAAGGCUGACCCUUCUACCACCGGAAUGCAGGGGCGGUUUCCAAGUUUGGAGCUUGCUCACACUGACGUCGGUCCCUGCUGAACAGAAGAAGCGCUUGAGCAGUAGGUUCAAGAAAGUAAAAAUGGAUGACACAGUGGAUCAAACACAGCCCUUAAGUGAGAGGCAGGUGCCCAAUUCUGAAGGAUGCUAUGUGUGGCAAGUGUCGGAUAUGAACCGGUUAAGACGAUUCCUGUGCUUUGGAUCAGAAGGUGGGACUUAUUACAUUGAAGAAAAGAAACUGGGCCAGGAGAAUGCAGAAGCUCUUCUAAGGCUCAUAGAAGAUGGCAAAGGUUGUGAAGUUGUCCAGGAGAUCAAAACAUUCAGCCAAGAAGGAAGAGCUGCCAAACAGGAGCCCACACUUUUUGCCCUAGCAGUCUGCUCCCAGUGCUCUGAUAUAAAGACCAAGCAAGCAGCUUUCAGGGCUGUGCCUGAAGUAUGUCGUAUCCCCACCCAUCUCUUUACCUUCAUCCAGUUCAAGAAAGACUUGAAAGAAGGCAUGAAAUGUGGCAUGUGGGGGCGAGCUCUGCGGAAAGCUGUCUCUGACUGGUAUACCACUAAAGAUGCCCUUAAUUUGGCAAUGGCUGUCACAAAGUACAAGCAAAGAAAUGGCUGGUCCCACAAGGAUCUUCUAAGGUUGUCUCACAUAAAACCUGCUAGUGAAGGUUUAACCAUGGUAGCUAAGUAUGUCUCCAAAGGCUGGAAGGAGGUCCAGGAGGCAUACAAAGAAAAGGAACUCUCACCUGAGACAGAGAAGGUGCUUAAGUAUCUGGAAGCAACCGAGAGAGUAAAGCGUACCAAGGAUGAGCUUGAGGUCAUUCACUUGAUUGAAGAGUACCGGUUGGUAAGAGAGCAUCUCCUCACAAUUCAUCUUAAGUCAAAAGAGAUCUGGAAGGCACUGCUGCAGGAAAUGCCACUUACUGCAUUGUUAAGGAAUUUAGGGAAGAUGACUGCAGACUCUGUGUUGUCACCAGCAAGCCCUGAAGUCUCCAGUGUAUGUGAGCGUCUGACCAAUGAGAAACUGCUGAAGAAGGCUCGAAUCCACCCAUUCCACACCCUAGUUGCUUUGGAGACUUACAAAAAAGGACAUGGAAACAGAGGAAAACUGAGGUGGAUUCCUGACCCUUCAAUAGUUGAAGCACUUGACAGUGCCUUCUAUAAAUCUUUUAAGUUGGUUGAACCAACAGGAAAACGUUUUCUACUUGCUAUUGAUGUCAGUGCGUCUAUGCAUCAGCGUGUUUUGGGCAGCAUUCUUAAUGCCAGUGCUGUGGCCGCAGCAAUGUGCAUGCUUGUGGCACGCACAGAGAAGGACUCCCACAUGGUCGCUUUUUCAGACACAAUGCUUCCCUGUCCAAUAAGCGUCAACAUGCUACUACAUGAAGUAAUAGAGAAAAUGAGUGCUAUCCCAAUGGGUGCUACUGAUUGUGCCCUUCCAAUGCUCUGGGCCCAGGAAACCAAUACAGCGGCUGAUAUCUUCAUAGUAUUCACUGACUGUGAGACCAAUGUUGAAGAUGUUCAUCCAGCAACAGCCCUAAAGCAAUACAGAGAGAAAAUGGGCAUCCCAGCAAAGCUAAUAGUGUGCGCAAUGACUUCCAACGGCUUCUCCAUAGCAGAUCCAGAUGAUAGAGGAAUGCUGGAUAUAUGCGGCUUUGACAGUGGAGCUCUGGAUGUAAUCCGCAACUUCACCCUUGAUCUCAUAUAAUCCACCAAAAGAGAACUGAGUAGAGGAAAGACACCUGCUAUUUACACUCCUAACACCGAUAACAAAUGUUAUCUUUGCAGCUGAGAACUCUUAGGCUCUCACACUAAAGAACUGCUAUUAGCUACAGUAGCUUUUGUCACAGCUAGCUUGUGCUUGCGCAGAACUACCAACUGGAAGCCACUACAUCCUGUGGCUUAAGGCCAUUUCAUUCUACAUGUUAUACAUCCAUCUACAGCUACAAGUGUGGUAAAAUUACUCUUGUGUGCACAUAAUAGCAUGGUAAUAUGUUAAAAAGGAGCACUGCCAGAUGUUGAAUUCAGACAGGCUUUGGGUGUCCUUUUAAUUCCUUUGUGUAUCUUGUUCUACGUUGAAGGAAUUUGAGAUGUUAGUACAAGUGAUACUGUAAUCUUCAUGGAGCAGAUACUUCCCUGUAUUUGCCGUGUUUUUACAUUACUUAAAAACAUAUGUAUAUACAUACUUGUAUCCCUACAGAUAUUGGCUAACUUAAUAGGUUACAAAAUGCAAGCUUGCAGGACUGAUUCUUCCUACGUGGUGUUAGAGGAGACAUGUGCAGUCCCAGAAGCUUGCAUUUCGUAGCCUAUUAAAUGAACAGAUAUCACACACUCUACAUUUUCCUGUUUUGAUCAGUGGCUAACAGUACAACAGUCAUAGCUCUAUAGGCAGAAUAGCUAGCCUUACUUACUGAAGAAUUGGUGAUUAAGCACCUAAAAGAACCCCUGCAACUGUUUGUUGCUCAUUAAGAGCGUUGCAACAAGGUAGCAGUUUUCUGUUAUACUUACUGCACACUGGACACUAUACUGUUAAUAAGUAAACAGGUGGCAUAUAUGGCACCUUCUUAUCCACAGACUGAUAGUGACAGCAAAUCUGUACAAGGAUAUCCCAUAAUGCAUUGUGUGCAGGAGAAAUAGUAACUAGAAAUACAGCUGCAGGGACCAAUAUUAAUUCUAAUGUUGUUUUAGGGACAGUAGCCCCAGGCCAGUGGCCUAGGCAGCUUUAAGCUGGCCAUACACAUAACGAUUUUUCUCUGCUUAAAGACCAAUUGCAGUGAGAUCUGACAAAACCAUCACAUUUCAAAGCAAAAGAAGGAUCUUCCAGGGAAAGGAAGGGACACCUGCCGUUGUCAGAUUUGGAUUUUUAGCAGUUUGGACGCCUAGUAAAUCUCAGUAGAAGAUCGCAGUCAGGGAACAUAGCACAGCAUAAGGUCCAGUGGGGCACAGAACCCUCUUUGGUUGGCUAAGCAUUUUUUCAGUAGGUGAACCACUCCUUAAAUGGGUAGUUCAACUCUUAGUACAUUCAGUCCUUCUCAUAUUCAUAUUCCAGUCUCUCAUCCAAACCACUGGCUGGUUGCUAGGGUAAGACAGCUGCUGAAAUUCCAAACUGGAGAUCUGCUGAGCAAAAGCUAAAUAAUAAAAAAAAAGAAAACCAACUGCAAAUUGUCUCUCUCAAUUGUCACUCUCUACAUCAUUGUAAAAGUUCAUUUUAAGGGGAACAACCCCUUUGAUCCAGCAAUGUGGCCCCCAGCAGCCCUGACCUACACUGUUCCUCCAGUGCUUUAGAGACGAUCACAGAUUGUAAGCACUAAUGUAAAUAAAAGUUAAAUACAAAUUUUACAUAAAAAAAUGUUAAAUAAAAGUGCCAGUUAGAGCUUGCCUUUAGCCUAGUGCAACAUGUAGAUCCAAAACCAAAAACAUGUUGAUAAAACCUAUGGAGAAUGCUAGCUUUCUUACCUUAUAAACAUUUUUAUUGAGGAUUUAUUAGCUGUCCCAAGGUGGGGGGCAUUAUUUACUGUCCCAAGCUGACUGGCUUGUGGCUAUGAAUUUAUGUCUACAGGCUGAUGGUGUUUCUAAGGGCAGUGGCACAUAUGGUGGUGCUGACAGGCAUAGCAUACGGUGGCGCUGACAGGCGUAGCAUUCGGUGGCGCUGACAGGCAUAGCAUCCGCCUGUGGGCACAAGGGCCAGUGAAACAGCAUUAUCAUUGUGCUGAAAUUCAGUUUGAAGGUAAGUUCUGCUUCUAAUGUCCUUGUGCUUCCCCACAAAGCCAAAGGAUAUUUCUCUCUCGCUAAAAAUGUCCUAAAACACCAUUGAGAAUUAACCAUCACACCCCAUUUACAAACGCACAGCCAAUAUCUGGACUUUUAUUUCGAAACUGCAUUUUAUUUUUUGUGAUAAAACAUGUCGUACAUAAGACUUUAAACAUCAUAACAUUUGUAAAAUGUUAUCAUAUACUUCAUGCAACAUAGGCUUGCUACAAACGCAUAGACUGCAGAGUUUACAAAAAUAGGGAAUGUUAUUUCUAAAAAAAAGAAAGUAACACAGGAAUAUGUACAGUGAGUUUAGCCACAUAAUAGUCUGAAAGUGUUGACUUCUGUUGCCACUUUGUGUUGAACAAGUAUGAAUGUUACACAACUUCAAAGUAACAUUGUCUGGAAACAGUUUUUGUACACAAUAUGCAUCAUAACCACAGGACAGGAAUAUUUGUAGCAAAUAAAGUAACAUUUCAUUGGCAGUGUUUCAUUUUAGCUUGUCUUUCUGUAAAAUCAUCUAUAUUUAACUUGGUAUUGACAUUUUAAAAUUCUGUCUCAGCCACACAGUAUAUAAGUGGGUUACGGGGUCAGAAAGUUUGGCGUUCUGACAGAUCUUGUAAAGAUAUCCAGAAAACAUGCUGUGGAUGGAUUGGAAGACAGACUGGAGAAACCUCACAGAUCACCAUAAAUGUUGUUUUUGCUUCAUAUGCCCACUGGAAAUGUGCCGCAGCCCUAAAAAAGACCCUGACAGUGACCUAUGUAGCACCUCUAUAUGUUUGAAUUAAAUGUUGAAAUUUUGCCAGCCA